AUGGUACAGGACUCACUGGCCGAUGAUCAUGACGACCUUGAGUCCCUUUUUGGUGGAAAUGACGAUGACACAGAUAGCCUUUUCGGUGGAAAUGGCGAUGACACAGAUAGCCUUUUCGGUGGAAAUGGCGACGACCUCGAGAGCUUGUUUGGGGCCAGCGACGACGAGGACACGGCUUCCCCCUUUAUGGAAGACCAGAGCUCAGAGACUGCCGGAGCUGCAGCAACCGGCGACGCCCCAGUCCUGGCUCUCUCGACCCGCGAGUCCGUCUCUCGUCAGAGUACACCACCAAGAAGGCCGGACUUUGUUGAACCACCACCCGUGCCGCAACUUACCUUGCCUCCACUACCCAGCGAGGUUGCGCAGCAUUUUGGGAAUCAAGACGUUAGUGCCCAAGAACUCACUCAGCAAGAGCUGGAGCUGGAGCUCCAGUUAGAGCUUGAACUCCAACAAGAGCAAGCAAUUGACACCUCCCACGCAGGGCCAUCCCUCGACAUUGACGCUCAAGCAUGUCAAGUCAGUCCGUCGGAAGAAAUCCUGCCCCGUCCAGCCUCGGGGCCGGCGGGUCGAUACCCUCUGCCUCGACGUGUCGAUCUGGGCGACGAGAACUUCGAGCUCGUAGCACAGGGCAUCACCUUGGAUGCGAAUCUGACAUUCUCCAAUAUCUAUGCCACGCUACACCUCACUGAACACCGCGGUCGCCGAUUCAAGGCGCAGGUAGAGUCGCUCCUCUCUGAAUCCGGGACACAAUUCUCCUCGAGCAACGUGUCCAACCCUAGUGAACUUCCUCAGCUCAAGCGCAGUCUUGUUCACGCAGCUUUUGCUCUUCUCCAGCAAGGGCUGGGAGAUGAAUGGUUCUGUGGGAGUUCGGAGACAGCCACCGGAAAUGAAUUCAAGUGGCCUGAAGAUUCGACCAUGAUCCUCGUCUACCUAGUCCAGCUCAUGUACAAGCUCAUGCGAAAUAGCGAGCAACGUUACUACUCCAGGCGACGAAGAGAUAGCGCCUCGUCGAGCGCCAAUGGAAGUGUCAAGUCAGUAUCCUCGAGCCGUCGAUCAGUAUCCUCGAGUCGUCAAUCAACGUCAUCGAGCCGGCGAUCCAAGUCGACCCGCGCGUCAAGUGCAAGCUCGAGCAGCCAGGCCACGAUGCCAAAGCUAAAGCUCAAAGUGCCACCAGGCCUGAACUAUUCCUCCCCUCAGUGUUUUCGAGCGGGCUAUUCCGAGGGAAUCGCUCCUAAACAGCCUUUACCUAUCUGUAUGGAUGACAUACCGCAUAUCUCAGCUCCCAGUGCUCUUGAAGAGCCUAUGGACAGCGACCCAGACCUGUCCUUCCUCGAUGCUCCCCCGGACGGAAGCUGCGGGGACGAUGUUCUCUACCAGGGGCUCCUCAGUUCCUGUGUUGAUGACGGCUAUAUGACCUAUACAGCGGUCUGA